AUGUCUGAAUCUACCGUCUCUACCGUCGACAAGAAGAAAAAGGCUCCUGGUGGGCAGCUUGAGCUGCUCUGGGCCAUCCUGCCAAAACUUCCCUUGAUCGUUAAGGUCAUUCUGUUACAUGUCAUCGGCGGGUCCGAGACUUCUCGGUAUCGGGACUUAAAGAGCAAUGUGACCGUCGCGCUAAUACGGUCGUUGAUUAACCCAUCAAAAUCGAGACCUCUUUCCGAGGUCCAGGCCAUGACCUUGAAGGACCCUGGCGUCAAGGGCAGAUUGUGGGUUAGCACGGUGGCAUCUGAGCCCCCUCCCGAGCGAGGAAUCCGGGACGCCCUGUUAGCGGUCAUCGACGCUUUGAACGAGCCUGGCGCAAGAGGUACGAAGCCGUCGUUCAAGAUACCGGAGCUUGUUCCCGUCGAGGCCGAAUGGACGGGAUAUAGAGCUGCCGCAUCUAAGAACUCGAAACUCCCGGAGAUCUCGGAGGAGCAAAAGUACCGCGAAAUGAUGAAGGAGUGCAAGAAUUCAACGACGAUCUUGUACUUCCAUGGUGGGGCUUACUAUCUGUGCGAUCCGUCGACACAUAGGUUGCUGAUGAAGCGGUUGACCAAACUGACAGGUGGUCGCGCGUAUUCGGUCAGGUAUCGACUUGCACCGCAAGACCCGUUUCCAGCCGCGCUAUUGGAUGCCCUCGUCUCUUAUUUUACCCUCCUCUACCCGCCUCCUGGUUCGAUACACGAAGCUGUUGCUCCCGGUGACAUUGUAUUUGGCGGUGAUAGCGCGGGCGGCAACCUCGCUCUAGCACUCCUCCGAACGCUGUUGGAGAUCCGCCGCCAGAACCGCAAGAUCCAUUGGUUUGGCGAGGAGCGAGAAGUGCCCCUACCCGCUGGUCUUGCUAGCAUGUCCCCAUGGAUAGACAUGGUGCAGAGUCUACCUUCGUUGACUAGGAACCAAAAAUGGUGCUAUCUUCCUCCCCCAAGGCUCCUCUCGGAAGAACACAAACCGCCGGCGGAUAGCAUAUGGCCGACUGAUCCACCCCGAAAACACGUUUACGUCGACGAUGACUAUAUACUUCACCCGUUGGCUAGCUUACAAAUGGAUAACGACACCUGGGAGGGCGCCCCGCCCAUGUAUAUAUCCUGCGGCUGGGAGAGCCUCGAAGACGAGAUCAAGUAUUUCGCGUCGAAGCUCGCCAGGGAUGGCGUAACGGUGGUGUUUGAGGAGUACCAAGCGAUGCCGCACGUGUUCGAGGAGCUUCUACCCAAGCUUCCCGAGUCGCAGCGCAACCGAGAAGGCUACGCGAAUUUCGUCAAGGCUGUGUGCAAAGACCCGAAGAACAUCAAGCCGUCUUAUACGGCAAUCAAGGCGAAGACUCUAGAGGAACUGGAAAUAAAUGUGGACAAGCUGACCCCGCAUAGCGACGAGGAAGUAAGGGAGCUGGCUCGACAGAGGAUUUCGGUACAAGAAACACCUGUUGCGCCGGCUCCUGAUGUGCCAUCAAAGUUAUGA